GAGGACCAUGACGCUACAAACAUGAUGAUCUUAUAGAAUAUGAUAUAUUGCUGUAGAUUAAACUACCCAACAGUAUACAAAGGAGUUAAAAUGAUCCCCACCGUAAACAUGUACAGCAAUCAAAUGCAACAUUCACUUUAAUGCAGCAGCAAUAUGAAUCCAGUGUCAUAUAGUGAAUCACUGACAGGAACCAUUAGGCUGCAUAAUACAUACAUUUGCUUUAAAGUAAAUCCAGCUGAUAAUACUUUUACGGAAAUAAGGUUUUAAUUGGAUGACUUCUACAGUGUGGCGUUAAUACUUUUACUCUGAAUACUUCUUCCACAGCUGGUGUUUUACAUCUAUGUCUUCAAUCUGAUGUUGUCAUCACCAGAUUCCUGUCUGUGAAAUGCCCUUCAGGAAGGGAAGUUGGUAUUUCAGUUCAGUGAAUCAGCCGAAUUGCAGCUUGAGUUACUACUGUCACUAUGUAAAUCACUCCAUCAGAUGCUGUCACGUUACUAUGUAAAGGAAGAAGCACACAUGUCACGAUGGCGUGUCAUGACAUUUGGGCAACCACGUUGUUCCUUCUUCUGAAACCAGUCAUUUGAGUGACAAGGAAGACCUCUUUUGUGUGUGUUUGCAUAGAUGUCUGUCCGGGAUGUUUCCUUCCUCUUUGCUGCCUGUGUGUGUGGGAGUAGGGAGACCUAUUUUGUUUCCAGUAACAGACUUCACUAUUAGGUGUGUAUCCUCAAAUCGUUCUUGGUAUCUGGUUUGCAGAUUUGUUUUGCAGGGUUUCUGGUAAUCUACAGUAGUUAAACCAUAUUUAACUGCUGUGAAACGCCCAUGGAGCAACUUGUGUGUUGCUCAAGGACACUUUGACAUGUGGACAGUAGGAGAUGGGGAUAGGCAACCUUGUGGUUAAAGGACGACCGGCUCUACCACUAAGCCACAGCCGCCCCAGCUUUGUCCGAUAUACUCCCACAGCCCUGUCAGAUCAAGUACAACACCAUCAACACCGCUCCUCAUGUUCAACAUGUGUUCACCUGAACUGAAUUCAACCUGGAUGUGAUUUCACAUAAUACUUUUACAAAGGUUCAUACUGUUAAAAUACGUUUUUUUCACAGUUGAACUUUAAUGUUUAGGUCAGUUUGGCUGUUACUUUUAUGUAUUCCAGCUUCACUGUUCAUGUGUACAACCAACAUUUAGAUUCAUGUAUCCAUUACUCCAGCUAUCAAUGUGACCACUUUUAGCUGUUUAGAGUUCUCAGCUCACUGGGUAAGUUUUCACGCACACUCUAUUUUUUGUUGAGACUAUGUUUUGGCAUUUUUGCCUUUAUUCUGAAAGUCAGUGAGAGAAAGGUGUAUAAUGUGCAACAAAGGUCCCCUGGGCCGGGAGUUGAACCAUUGAGUGCUGGUUCACCCUGUUAUUACAGGUCCACUCAAUAUGUGGAAACAUUUCUUAUUCCAAUACUAAUUACUAUGUUUUAAAGAUUAGUAUGUACCCUAUAUCUACACAUGUGCCCCGGGCUGGGAAUCAUUAAUCACAGUGUGGUGCGGAUCCUUUGGGUGAUUAAAAGUCACCUAAACUGCGUUAAUGCUGUGGGACCAGGAUGUACAAGUUUUACUAACAUGGUAUAAAAGUGCUACAAAGUUACACUGAAUUAACAUGACAGAUAAGAAUAUAACUAAAUCUGUUAAAAGUUAAAAAAUGUGAUUAAAAACAAAUGUACACUUGAUCAAGUUCAGUCCAACUGUAAUGAGAAAAUCUGAAUUUGAAUUUGCAGUCAUGAUGUAUUUUAAGGUUUUGCAGAACAAUGAUUAUAUAAUCACAUCCGCUUCCGUAGAUAUUUAUAAACCCAUUAACAAUAUAGUUAAUAAUUAACACGAAGUGGAACCAUAAAGUGUGAGGGAAAAAAGUAGAUAAGAUGUCACUCUUCCUUUCUCUCCCUCUCUCUGUUGUCACUGAGCGUCAUUACGCAACACAUUUCCAGUAAACUGUUGGUUUCCAGUCAAAUGUUUGGGCAGUUGAUGGUUAUCGUUCAACUAACAAAUACUUGUAACUGUGUCAACCUGAAGCAGAACAGUGUGGCAUUCCUUCUGACCUUCAGAGAACAAACAAACACGACUGUUACGAGAAAUACGUCCUCACAGAACUCACAGAGCUUCAUUUGAAGAAUGUAUUAAUGGGCUCUGUUUCAUGAAAUAAUAAAACAAAUUAUGGCUGAAUUACAUUUAGCUGCUUUAUUUUCAGGGUCCGGGUAUUGUGCAGGCUGGCUCACUGUUUGUGUGUAUUAUAAGAAGUCAAAAUGUUUGCUGUGAAAAAGGACUAUUGGAGAACAUGCAUGCCGUCUUUUACAUUAUUUAAAAUGUGAAUUUGAGAAGAAAUGUCAGUCAAAUCCAAAGUAUGAGGAGGCAUAUUUAGCUCUGAGGUGUAAUAUCAGCAAAGCAGUACAGCUUUGUGUCUUUUGUGUCCAAAAAUUCUGGCAAAUUAGGCAAAGAUUUCUCAUUCGCACAUGACAGAAAUGUAUGAGAUGUAUGCAUGAAGAGAAAAAUGCAUAUUUUAUUUGAACAGGAUUUCAAGUGGGCUUGUUUUGUUACUAGUUUUGCUGAUACAUAGUUCAAAUUGUAUUGUAAGUGGUGGUGGUGGUCAGCUUUCAGAGGGGGAAUGACAGAACGUGGUCGUGUCAGAAAUGCCAUAUAUAGUCCAUGCAUAAUUGAAUUUAAAAACAGGAAGUUGAUGGCAUGUUAAAGGCGGCCGUGUCGCCUGCAGCAUCAGUCCAGUGCGUCUUUCGUCCUCAAACUGCCUCAACGCCAUGACUGAUCUGCUGCUCAGAGCCGUGCUGCUGGGGAACCUGGGCGUCUGUGUCACAGCUCAAGUUCCAGUGACGCUCGCUCCACCCACCCAGGUGAGGUUUGACUCCGUGGACUAUAAAAACAUUGUGCACUGGAGUCCACCUGCCAACGGAAGCUCACUGCAGUUCUACGUCCAGUGGAAGAUUUAUGGCGAGCCUCAGUGGUUGGACGUGUCCGGCUGUCAGGGGAUCCAGAGGCCCCACUGUGACCUCAGCACCGUGACCUCUGACCCCAGAGAGUGGUAUUACGCCAGAGUGCACGCUUCCUCCCUGCCCUCCAGCAAAUCAGCCUGGGCCCUCUCCCCGAGGUUCAGCCCGCGCUGGGACACCGAAAUCAGCUCUCCUGUCUUGAGGCUGAACUGCACCAAGCAGGGGAUCGUGGUCCGUGUGAAGCCCCCGAGGCUGAUGGUCCGUAAGAUACACAGGAGCCUGCACUACGAAAUCUACCUCCUAGACACCAGUGGACAGGAGGAGGUGCACGAGAUGGACUGCUGCUCUAAAAAGCUGAUUCUCAAAAAGCUGAAACACAAGGAGAAAUACUGCCUCCAAGCCCAGACCAUGAUCCCCCUCCAGGCCAAGAGCAGCGCUCGAAGCCCCGAGAAAUGUGUCACUACGCUUUGAUCACACAGACAAACUGGACAAGCUGGACUUUUCAUCCAUCAGUUCAGCUUUAAUUAUCCUUCGCUACCUCUGUGUCAAUAAAAGUGCUGCACUUUAUUCUCAAAAGCAUUCAGGAUCUGACAUGUUGAAUUGUGUAGGUACACUUUCACUUUUGAUGUCAGCCUCCAGGACACUGCAUUGUUUCUGUUAACUCAAGGUCCACUGUCCAGCGUUUCCCCCCCUCAGUGGAUCAGAGUUAACUCCAUCCGCUGGUGGUGCUGUGAAAUGUGGUUCAAAGCUCUGAAAAAAGCUUUCGAGUAGAACUUGAGUUAAGAUUAUUUUGUUAAUAUCUUUUUACUUUUGUUUUGUUGUUUUCGUGAAGCGCAGCUUAUCUUUCAGACACACUACAAGCACAAUGAAGAAGAGCAGUUUACGUUAACUUAUUCUUCCAGCUGACUACAGUAACCAGAAAUCAUUUCACAUGACAUCAGGGAAUCACACAUUUAGCAAUUUUAUGUAUUUUUUUUGGUUUUCGUCUUAACAUUUGACUUUGUUUCCUUUGAAUGGAGGAAACAAAUCAUUUGUUCAGAGAUGGGAAGGAUGCAGUUUAUACUGUCUCAAUACUGUGAAUUUGUA